AUGGCUGCAGAAAACACGGCGGUGGCUGCCCUGGGUCGGCCCUUCACCUUGGGAAUGCUCUACGAUUCCCGCCAAGACAAACUGAUCCCAGGUUUCACCUUGUGGGACAGCACAACUCUAAAAGAAAACACGGUUGUCAGCCCUCAACACAGCAGCGCAUUUGAAGUCACUGCAUCCGAUUCCAUCGAAGACAAGGCCGAGCUGCUGAAUGUGGAGACGUCCCUGAAGGCCAGUUUCCUGGGUGGACUGGUUGAAGUUGGAGGCUCUGCCAAGUAUCUGACCGAUACGAAGAAAUCCCAGAAUCAGGGCAGAGUGACGCUUCAGUACAAGGCCACCACAAAGUCCAAACAGCUGUCCAUGGUUCAGCUCGGAAAGAAGAACAUGCAGUAUACUGAGGUCUUUGAGCAACAACUGGCAACACAUGUAGUCACAGGCAUCCUUUAUGGGGCAAAUGCGUUCUUUGUGUUUAACAGUGAGAAAACCCAGAGUAGCAGCGUUCAAGACCUCCAGGGCAACAUGGAAGCAGUGAUCAAAGAGAUUCCCACUAUUGUAAUUGAGGGGCAAGGUGAUCUUCAACUGACCGAUGAGGAAAAAGCCUUGACCAAGAAUUUAUCCUGCAAUUUCCACGGGGAUUUCAAUCUUGAAAGCAACCCUACAACUUUUGAAGAUGCAGUGAAGACCUACCAACAACUUCCAAAACUACUGGCAGAACAGGAAGAGGAGGCCGUCCCGCUGAAGGUCUGGCUGAUGCCUUUGAAGAAUUUGGAUGCCAAAGCCGCUCAGCUCACGAAUGAGAUCAGCAGCGGCUUGGUGAGGAAGGCUCAGAGCGCUCUCGAGGAGCUGAACGAAACAGUGAUGAGAUGCAACGACGCUCUGGAGGACAAAGUAGUGAAGCAGUUUCCGAAGAUUCAAAACAAGGUGAUCAGUUUCAAAAAGCUGUGCAACGACUAUGCUCUUACCUUGCGACAGACGAUGGGGAAGAAACUUCCUUCCAUCCGGGCCGGUGAAGAAGAUGAGAGUGUGCUGGAGAAGCUUUUCCAAGACAGACACAAGUCGCCGUUCAGCAACAUAAACCUGAACAAGUGGAUGGACUCUGAAGAGAGGGAAAUAAGUGUAAUGAAAGCCUGCUUAGCCAUGAUGGAGGGAACAAAAACAACGAUUGUCCAAAGUAGGAAAGAGCUGGAAGAACUGAUUUGGGCUCCACAAGUAAAGCAAGCACUGUGUUUAGUUUUCACCUCCCUGGACGGCUCUGAUCCCUACCUCACCACUUUAGAUGACUACCUAAAAUCACCCACUAAUCUGGAUUUCAAGCCACCUGCAGGGGACCAGUGGUACCUCUCAUCUGAAGUGACGACCCAGAUGAGAGAAAAAGCCAAAGAGUUCUUUGACUUUGCUAAAGCCAUGAAGAAAAAUGACAGCAUGGUGUUCCUUGCAGCUGCUAUAGCCAUUGAGAAGUUCAAGGGAGCGACCAUCUUCCAUUACAAGCAAGGCUCCAGGGUCACUGAUGAUUUUUCAAGGCCUGAGCUGCCUGCUGUGGAGAUGAUAAUGGAUAAAAGUGAUCUGAUCUUGUAUGCCUGUGAUCUCAACUUCGACCCCAACACGGCGCACAAGUACCUCAAACUUUCCGACGGUGACAAGAAGGCGACAUUUAGAGGAAGUCACUCGUACCCUCCUCACCCGGAGAAGUUCGACUACCACACUCAGGUCAUGUGCAAAGAGGGGCUGGCCGGCCGCCAUUACUGGGAGGUGGUGUGGAACGGAUACGUCGGUGUGGCCGUGGCGUACAAGUCAAUCGGCAGGAAGGGAGAGAGCCACAGCUGCAUGUUUGGGAUGGCCGAAAACUCGUGGUCGAUGCUGCACUCGGGCAGCGACAUGGGUGACGUGUUCUCGGCUUAUCACAAGGCGCUGGAGGCGUCCGUCACCCCCGACACCUACGGCAACCGACGACUCGGCCUGUUUCUGGACUGGCAGGCUGGCACUCUGUCCUACUACAGCGUCUCCUCCGACACCCUGAGUCACAUCUACACCUUCCGCACCAAGUUCACCGAGCCGCUCUACCCCGGCUUCUGGAUUCAGGCUCCGUCCUUCUCCGUGUCGCUGUGUCAGGUGUAG